GACUACCACACUAGAGGAAAGUAUAUAGACUUCCUGGAGCAGUCAGUGUUCAGUCACCAUGUCUGCAGCUGAGUGGAAGAAGAGGUGUGAGGCUGAGUGGACUCUGCAGGGCGCUCCACUGCCGGACCACCUGGACUGGAAGUCUCUGUAUGAGUCCAAACCGCUGGGGAGGAACCUGCUGAAGAACCCUGCACCUCACGGUCUGAGUCAGGACACCCCUCCUCCUGAACCUGACCUGCCUCAGGUACCAUCACGUGGACCUCCACGCUUCCAGCCUGACGGCGACUUCAGCGGCUGGACCACGAACACCGAAGUCCUCCCCUACGAUACCAGCGGCAUCCCAGCAGGUGCUGUGGUCUGUGAGAUGCCUCAGUACAGCUGGUUCUCCAUGGAGCAGCUGGUGGACCUGAAGGCAGAGGGACUCUGGGAGGAGCUGCUGGAUGAUUAUCAGCCUGAAAUACUCGUCCAUGACUGGUACGAGGAGACUCAGCUGCAUGAGUCCAUCUACCAGCUGCAUGUGAAGCUGCUGGCUGCAGACAAGACCACCGUGAUCUCAGAGCACUCCGUCAGCCCCACCGAGGAGCUCAGCAACUACUCCCACACCUGGAAGGAGGUGUCACACGUGUUCUCUGGAUAUGGACCCGGGGUCAGAUACGUCCACUUCCUGCACCGCCUGAAGAACAAGUUCAUGAGGGAGUUCUACCCAACGCUGUUCACCGGCAGCUCCGUGGUGGUCCGACUGACCAGAACCAGCUCCAAGACCAGCUCCAAGACCAGCUGCUAGACCAGCUCCUAGGGUGUAGUCCUCCAGCUCCUAUAGGGUCAAUCCUACUGAGACCUGCAGAGCCAGUCGCUAACACGCUCCACGUAACCAACCAGAUCAACAUAAUCAAUCAUCAAUCAUUUUAUCUACUUUGUAUUCUGAUUGUUGGGGUAAAUAUUUGAAUAUGAUUAAAUUUAGCAUUUUGCUUUUAAGGUGUUUUCAAUAAAUAAAUAAAUAAAUAAAGGGAAAAUUAAUUUAUCUUUGUUGUUUUUUAGAAACUAUACGCUGCUUUGUGCAAUAAUAAAACAUAUUUUUCUUA